AUGGCUGGCAUCCAGUGGACAGCAUCAGUAUCGACACUCGUGACAUGGGGCGCGCUAUGCGCAACAUUAGGCGCUUGGGUAGGAAGUUACGUGCACGACCAACGCCAACGACGCAGUAAAGAUCCAGCGGAGAAGAGGCUGGAGCAAGAGAUCGAGCGGCAGAAGCAGCUGCGAGCUCAGGAACGAUUUGGCCGGACAUCUGCCGAGCGAGAAGCUCGUGAAGCUCUGCAGCAGCAACAGGAGACAACGGGGUACCGGUUUGAAGCCAUUGCGCACGUGCAUUCGUGUUUUGCCGAUCGACGGGGGACCCCGAGACAAGGAGGUCUCGUGAAGAACGCACGCGCGUUUGUCAAGUUCAAGACGAGGAUCUCACCAGCAUCUCUCGAGGCUCUGGAGCACUUUAGUCACUUGUGGGUGCUCUUUGUCUUCCAUGAGAACACCAACUUGACCAAAAGCGCGUCCAAGUCGACGUUCCCAGCCAAGAUUGCUCCCCCUCGACUCGGAGGGAAGAAGGUCGGUCUCUUUUCCACCCGCACGCCCCAUCGUCCGAACUCGAUUGGUCUCUCGGUUGUCAAGAUCGAAGCUGUUUAUGAUCGAUGCAUUGAGAUCAGCGGGCACGACCUCGUGAAUGGCACGCCGGUGCUGGAUGUAAAGCCAUACGUGCCUGCCGAUUGCGUACUGGAGCACGUUGUGCCUGACUGGGUGGCAGCUGAAACGGAUGUGAGAGCAAGACCUGUUUUGUUCUCGCUGGAUGCGAUGGCGUCCCUGACCGAACUUGUGGAAGCCAAGCUGUCUUCAUUUUACUCGAAUGUGGCGGAUCUGAAGGCUGCUAUCGAACAGAUGCUUGUCUUGGACAUCCGUAGCGUGCACCAGGGACGCGGACAAGCUGCAGAGACCCAACAGUUCCAAUGCCGUUUUGACAACUUACAGAUCGAGUUCACAACGCUGCAUGAGUGCAUCUGCGUGCUGAGCUGUACACGGUAUAUGUUGUCAUCACACGAGCGAACACGCCAGAGACUUUGCUGA